GAUACUCGCAUUAAAAUAUUUUUGUAUCGUCGCAUACCAGCGUGCAAUCUUACGUAGCUUAUUAGCAUAGGAUUUGGUUGCUCAUAUGUGAUGAUUCAACAACGAUUGUAGAAGCGAAGCGCUAUUGAAGACGGCCUUGGGGUUUCUUCGUUUAGUUUACGGUUACCUAAAGGUAUUAUGAGUGAGGAAAGAGACAAUAGCCAGUUUAUACCACGCGGCACCAAGUUCAAUGGACGACAAAGCAAAUCUGACGUCUACUAUGGAUAGCGAUGGCAAUGCAUCUGGACAGACCCAAAAUGGACUUAUGGCUGCAACCUUUUGUUUUCUAACUGCGAUGGUAUUGCUAAGCAACAUAUUGGUCGUCAUGGCAAUUGCAAGGUCGAGGCUUCUGUAUGGUGGUGGGCCUGUCUACAAUAUGCUGUUGAUAAAUCUCGCAAUUGCUGAUUUAUUGACAGGUACAUCAGUUGCAAUUACUCCCGGUUUUAUAGCAGAAGAGGUAAUCCCCAUAGCAACAGGACUGUCGGGGGAAUUAGUCUGUCGCGUCAUCAGCUCACAUUACGUCAUCUUUACUUGUGGCAAGGUAUCUAUAGCAACCAUCACGUGCCUCGCAGUGGAACGAUGGUAUGCAAUGGCGCGCCCGCUGGCACACCGGUCAGUGUACACACGCAGGAGGGCAGCUUUCUAUCUAAUUUUGAUAUGGUGUAUUUGUGGAGUGCUAAAUUUGAGAGCUGUUUUUGAUCAGGAGCUGGAUUUAGUGUCGGAUGUCAAGGCAACCUGUGAAUGGGUGAAGCUUACAAAGUACAAGACUGCUGCCAAGGUGUAUGCCAUUUUUUUGAGCGUUGUGACAUUUAUUAUUCCUGCGACAGUUUCUUGGCUCACCGCCGGUCACCUCGGUUUACUCAUACGGCGGUCAAAGCACAACGUAUUGAUGCAAGGAAGACGGUCUCUUGCAGCCAAGCAGCUACUGCGCAUGAGCAUCACCUCGGCCGCUGUACUGUCUGUCUGCUGGCUACCAAACCAGAUUUUCUUUAUACUUGCAAAAUUCGACGUCACGGAAUUUGACAGUUUGACGCAUCACGUGACUAUACUUCUUUGUCUUUUUAGCGCAUGCGUGAAUCCUUUCGUUCAUUGUGCAAGUAACGGAAAGUAUCGAAAAACCCUUUUGGGUCUCCUCUACUGCAAUCGGAAGUUAGUGGCCCGUCCUAUAGCGCAGCAUAAUAAGGCGUUUGUAUUGGGAACGAUUUCAAGCGGAUAUGUUUCCAGGAAAGAAAGAACUGGGACAGAAUUGCAAAUCUGGGAAGAUUCCUGUAAAUUAGAGCAGGAUUACGCAGCACCGCCAAUUUGGGAAGCUCCUCUAUCUGCGACGAAUCUCGGAUUUCAGUUAGAAGUAGGUGCUGGUGAUGAGAAAUGUAAUUCUGAUUUUCGCGGCGACUUUGAUUUUGUGAUGAAUAUUGGUGCGAAGGUGUUUCCAGGAUCUGGAUACGGAACUAAUCCCCAUUCUCUGGGUGUGGCGCCUGAUAGCAUGGUGGGAGAUGAGAACGAUAAUAUGUAUCAGAACUGUCACUCAAUUGAGCUGACAUUGAAAUUCUCUACAGAUGGAGCGAAUGAUCAGCAUACGGCCCGUAUAGCACAUCGUAGCCAUAGCAACGGACAAGCUGCAUUACGUCACACAAUUCAAAGCGAGGGCCAAAAUGAAUUACAACGGAGCAGUCAUAACGAGGCACAAAAUGCAUUACAUCAUACGAGACACAGCGAGAGACAAACUGCAUUGCAUCACACAAGAAAUAGUCAAGGCGAGGGCCAAAAUGCAUUACAUCAUACGAGACACAGCGAGAGACAAACUGCAGUGCAUCACACAAGAAAUUGUCAAGGCGAGGGCCAAAAUAUAUUACAACGGAAAAGUCAUAGCGAGGGCCAAACUGCAUUACAACGGACUAGUCAUAACGAGCAGGUAAAGACUGCAUUACACGACAAGAGUCAUAGAGAGGGCCAAACUGCAUUACAUCGCACAAGUCAUAGCGAGGUACAAAAUGCAAGACAUCGAACGUGUUAUAGCAAGGACCAAGAUGCAUUACAUCGCAAGAACAACGAGGUACAAACUGCAUUACAUCACGCAAAACACAGCGAUGUACAAAAUGAAUUAAAUCACACGAGUUUGAGCGAGGGACAAAAUACAAAUUGCGCUAGCCAUAGCCAUGGUGGUGGACAAAAUGCAGUACGUCGCGGAUGUCAUAGUGAUGUACAAAAUGGGUGCGGAAUUGAAGUAAUACCUCCCCUCGAUCAAGCGACUGGAUACCAGCGUGGCGUAAGACCUCCUCUGGAUCACAUAACUGGAUGCGAUGAUCAUAUGGAGAACUUUAUUGGAAGUGCAGAUGACGACGCUUUUGUCUCACUUCCUUGUAACACGCCUAAUACAGAAUAGGGAGAAAUAGACGCAUACAGUUCCCCUGUUGCCUCACCAUUGGUACUAGACACACAGCUUUAACUAAUAAACUUCAAUAGAGGUUGGGUGACAUUUCCUAGGCAUUGAGAAGUGAAAAACUCCUCUGGUUACCGAUUUCGAGCAUGCUUCUGUUAUCAUGAGCAUGCUUCUGUUUAGACCCCGUCCCAACGUAUCCGUUUUAGUUUGAAAACACAAUCUUUUUGUUACAGAUACGGGUAUCGUCCACACGGAAAC